UUGAAAUGAAAAAUUAUAAAUUUUGUAUUAUCGCUUUACUCGUUAUUUACCUUUUUAUUUUACAAUCUGAAGCAAAUAUUAAAAGUAAAAAUCUUAAAGGAAAUAAAGAAGUUAAACGACCAAAACGUGAAAGUAAUUUCUUUAAAAAUUUACUUGAUAAGCCAAAAGAUAAUGAAAAUUUACCUGAUUUUCCAAGCACUUUAGAAAAAGAAAAUAAUUUUGAAUCAGAAAUAAAUCCACCAAGCCAUAAAUUUCAAAAAGAAGAAAAUAAAAUAGAACCAUAUCCUGAACCUUCAGAUAACUUCCAGUAA